CCCCGCGGGAACGGGAGCGGGCCGGGAAGGGGCUUUGUCACUCGAGGGGUUUCACGGUGGGAGCCUUGGUGUUUGCAGCCUGAAUGCUUGCAGCUCUGCUAUUCCAGUGAAUUACCUGAGCUUAUCCCUGGCUUUUUGACCCACCCUGCAGAUCGCUGCAUGGUGCUGCCAGGCACACAGUUGGUUCUCCGGCCUCUCCGCUGUAUCCCUGCUUUGGGACGCCUGCCCUUGCGCACCCUCAUGGAUCUCCGGGAACUUGUCUCUGCACUGAACAACUUUGCAUCCCUCUCCCUGGCUGCGAGCUGGGACAAUGUGGGGUUGCUGGUGGAACCAAGUCCUCCCCACACUGUGAACACCCUCCUCCUCACUAAUGAUCUCACUGAGGAGGUGAUGGAAGAGGCAGUGCAGAAGAAGGCAGACUUCAUUCUUUCUUACCACCCUCCUAUAUUCACACCACUCAAGCGAGUAACGUGGAAGACCUGGAAGGAGCGUCUGGUGGUCCGAGCCCUGGAGCACAGGAUUGGGAUUUACUCUCCGCAUACAGCGUACGAUGCCAUACCUCAUGGAGUCAAUAACUGGCUAGCAAAGGGACUUGGUGCCUGUACUUCUGUCCCACUGCAGCCAUCAACUGCACCAGGCUAUCCAGCUGAGGGCACUCACCGAGUAGAAUUCUGCACAGGUGACACUGAGCAUCUGGACAUGGUGCUGUCCAAAAUCAAAGACAUCCAAGAGAUCUCCUGUCUCACUACUUUCCCUGCCAGGGCUGAAGAUGAGGAGCAAACACGAGUCAGUUUGAACUGCUCUCAGAAAGCACUGAUGGAGGUGGUGGCGUUAUUGUCCCAGAACAGCCUUCUUUAUCACAAGACUGAGAUUCUGUUACUACAAAAGCCUCUUCUUCCCCAUACUGGAAUGGGACGCCUGUGCACACUGAGUGAGCCAGUCUCCUUGUCAGACGUAAUUGAGCGUAUCAAAAGCCAUCUAAAACUACGCCACAUCCGCUUAGCCAUGGGAAUGGGCAAGACACUCGAAUCACCAGUGAAGAAAGCCGCUCUGUGUGCUGGUUCUGGGAGCAGCGUCCUGAAGGGAACGGAAGCUGACCUCUAUCUCACAGGUGAGAUGUCCCACCACGAUGUUCUGGAUGCAGUUGCCAAUGGGAUAAGUGUUAUUCUGUGUGAGCACAGUAACACUGAGCGAGGCUUCUUGUCAGAGCUGCGUGACAUGCUAGCUAUCCAUCUACAGAACAAAAUCAACAUAAUUGUGUCCGAGAAAGAUAGAGAUCCCCUCCAGGUGGCAUAGGAAAAAAAUAGGAGUGAAAGAAUCCAGUCCAGAUCUCCAUGGCAUCUUGCAGACCUAUCCACCAGCAAGCUUAAUGAAGAUGCUCUGAACUGUUUCAGUACAGAAUGAUUGUAUUUUAUGUUCCCUUGAAGUCUGGGAUAUAUAUUGUCACCUGUCAGGUAAAUAAAUGCUUGGUUUGGGCUACGGAAGGCUGGUUUACUUAAUUACUGGGCUGCACCUGAUUAAAUUUACUGCAUACUCUUACUGGAUAUGUUUGAUAACCAGGAUACUUAAGGGUCGGUUUGGGUAAAAUAUAAAAACCCGACUUAUUUCCAGUUUUAACCUUACAGGGCAAUUGUGUCAUUAUGUUGAAUCAUGUCAGUACAAGUCACUGAUAUUUCAUCUAAUAAAUCUCCUGAUAACAGUUAAUGAAAGGGUAUCAGUCGCCUCUUUGCUUUAAUAGUUUUGUUAAGACACCACACGUAUGCAAAUAUGGAACAUAUCAAGUAUUUAGUACCAGUAUUCAAUGGCACAAUCUACCUUAAAAAAGCUUUGGAAGGUUAAAACUUAAUUCCUUAACAAAGCUGUAAAUAAAUGUAAUGUGCCUUUAUUACUUCCUUUUACAAUUUCUGUAAUUAUGAGUUUUAAUUACAGGAUUAAGUAGUGUUUUCACUACUGAUAACGCUUGGGUUUCAUUUGUUAAGUUAUUUUUUUUGUUGUUUUUUUAAAAGAAAAAGAGUUUUCCUAGUUGUGUACCUUGGCAUCUCUGGAUUGUGUGCACACCACAACAAUAUUUAAACAACAAUAUUUCCGUUGCAAGUUUGUACAGAUCCCUGCACCACCCCUUCAAGUCUAAGUUAAUAAAACUGGCUCAUCAAGCACUGUCUUUACCG